AUGCAAACCCCACGCGCUGUAGUCGCGUCGGUUGCACCAAGUACACAUUAUCGGCCUCAGCAGCAGCAACUACCCCCUCGGCAUAAUACAACAGACGGAUAUGAGCGUUGGUACACAGAAACAACCCCACAUAACCGUAUGGUCCUGGCGCUCCGAUCUGGUAUUCACCACGAAAUCCAUUGGGCCCUCGAGCGCCUUCUUCGACUGAGCAUCGGCGAAAUCUUCUACUUCGAAAAAACACCCGGGCUCGUCGACGCGUUGUUUGACUGGCCGGAGUGGUACGUGAAGGAGGGCUACAAGGAGAUGGGAGAGACAUACCAGUUGUUUUCGCCGUCAUCCGAGCUUGUUCAAAAGCGGCGUCAUGCGCUCGACUCGCUCGCCAUCUUGCGAAACGCUGCGUGGUUUGAGGCGAAUACCAGAGAACUCAUCUACCAUCCGCGGUCAAUGCCCCUCGUCUGUCUCGCAUUGGCCAACCUGGACUGUGCGGUUGACGACCAUGCCGAAUUCUUGCUCAACGUCAUGGACUUUUGCUACUGCUUUUCGGCGUAUUAUGUGGUCUAUCCCAACCUCGUCAACACCGUCUGGAAUCCGAUUCCCCGUCUUUGCCACAUUGCAGGCACAAGCAGUAAUCGAUCACUCAUCAUAUCCGCACUCCUCGCUCUCAAUAUCUUCCUCACCAACCCGCAAAACAUGCCACUCAUCACGCCAAAUUCACCAGCACUCGAGGCGUCGUUGCGCUAUCUCCCGCUGGUGGUUGAUAAAACGCUGCUGGAAGCGGUCUUGAACUAUCUGUUCACGCAUUUGUCCCACCCAACAAUGGCGAAAGAGUUUUUACUGCAUCCACAGAUGCCGGCAACGGUCAAACUCCUCGUUGAGGUGCUUUUGAGCGAACAAGUCGAAGAGUCCGAAGAUAUUGUGGUCGAAGAGCCGAAGCAUAUCAUCCCUACGGAAGCUGCUUUUGCAAGAGACUACGAGUUAACGAAUCAAGAUCGGGAAACUAUCGUCAAACUACCGGAACCCCAACGGUGCUAUACGUGGAUGAAACUGAUGUUUGUUGCCAAACGGUACAGCGAGCUGACCCAGGUCGAAUUCUGGAAUCACUACGAAAAGGCCUUUGGCCCGCACAAGAGCCAAUAUCCGAUUCUAAUCGCUGCGGACGUAAUUAAGAACGUCAGCGUCGUUUUCCCGUCUGCUCAGCCGAUGGUGGAAAAUGGCAAAUUCAUCGUUCGUGGGGUGGAUAGGCGGAAAGUGUCCGGAACUGAUCCACGGUUUACUUGUUUGUGGAAUCGUGCUGGUUGUCGUACAGCGUUUUCAACUCUAGGCGAGUUAUUCGACCAUAUUCUGGGCCAUCUCGCCCAGCUCCAAGGCGCGGAGUCCCCUUGUUUGUGGGAAAGCUGCAGUCAUGCAUCGUUACCUCAAGCCGCCCUUCGACACCAUCUCCUCACACAUCUCCCCAGCCCUAACGUGCCACAAACACCAACAUCGCAAAACGACCACAUCACAACUUCGGGCGAAUCGUACCCGAUGAAGAACCCGACAACAAGGGAGCCACCGCCGAUCAAGACGACACUGACCGUGCGCAAGGCAACGGGGAACCCGCCUUCUAACUCGCUCACCGCUUUGCUUUGCAUUCGCAUUCUGUUCCGCGGCUCAUUUUCUGCGUUAGAGGCGGCGCCAAGGGCAGAUGACGAACGAUUUGGGUUCCCAGGGGUGUCGGAGGGCCCAGACGAGCUCGAGUUGGACGACGAUAUGUCCGCUGAGAAGGAGCGCGAAGGCGUGGCACGUGGACGGAAAGCGUUUUAUGGAGUGCGGAAGUUGAUGCAGAGGGUUAAGCUUGCUGACGAGCCGCUGAUGGACUGGAUAACGGAGAUGGUGGAUAUUUUGUAG